CCCAGGAAUCUGGGGGUGAUUCCGAAAAUUUCGGGGCGAUCCCAGGGGCAGUAUCGAGGGUCCGGGAUGGUACCGGGGAAGGGGAGGCGGCCCUAGGGGCGAUCGCGGAGGCGGUACCGGGGAUCUGGGGACGAUCCCGGGGGCGGUCCCAAGCCGGUCCCGGUCUCCCCGCUGGCGAUCGCGAAGAAGACCCCGGGGCACUCCCUCGGUGCGGGGCCGGUGCCGGUGCCGGUGCCGGGAGCCCCGGGCGGUGCCAAGGGCGGUCCCGGGGCGGAGCCCAUCGCGAUCGCGAUCGCGGUGCUGGUGCCGGUGUCGGGGCAGCGACGGAGCCCGGGGCAUGGCGGGUCUGGGCGCCUCGGAACCGGGCACCGGCCCCGGUCCCGUCCCGGCCACUCGCGUGGAACUCACGGUGUCCUGCAGGCAGCUCCUGGACAGGGACACCUUCUCCAAGUCGGACCCAAUCUGUGUGCUGUACACACAGCGCCCUGGCAGCCACCAAUGGCGGGAGAUGGCCAAUCAGCAUGUCAGGGAUAAUGGCAGACAACCAGCCAAGCAGCAGUUUGGCCGGACCGAGGUCAUUGACAAUUCCCUGAAUCCUGACUUCCUGCACAAGUUUGUCCUUGAUUAUUGCUUUGAGGAGCGUCAGAACCUGCGCUUUGAUCUGUAUGAUGUGGACUCCAAGAGCCCUGACCUCUCCAAGCAUGAUUUCCUGGGCCAGGCAUUCUGCACCCUGGGGGAGAUCAUCGGCUCAGCUGGCAGCCGCCUGGAGAAGCCCUUGACACUUCCUUUUUUGGGAGGGGGGCUUUUUAUUGGGUGGGGAUCCCCUCCAUCACCCUUCAGCAUGUGUCCCUGCAGGAUGGGGACAGCCGCCAUGCACCCCAGGGGCAGGAGACCUGCCCCGGCUGUCUCCAAUGGUGGCAUUCCGGGGAAGAAGUGCGGCACCAUCAUACUCCUUGCUGAAGAGUUGGGAAACUGCCGGGACGUGGCCACACUCCAGUUCUGCGCCAACAAGUUGGAUAAGAAGGAUUUCUUCGGAAAAUCUGACCCCUUCAUGGUCUUCUACCGCAGCAAUGAAGACGGGACUUUCACCAUCUGCCACAAGACGGAAGUGGUGCGGAACACACUGAAUCCCGUCUGGGCGGCCUUUGCCAUUCCUGUGCGUGCCCUCUGCAAUGGGGACCACGACCGAGCCAUCAAAGUGGAGGUAUAUGACUGGGACCGUGAUGGCAGCCACGACUUCAUUGGGGAGUUCACCACCAGCUACCGGGAGCUGGCACGAGGCCAGAGCCACUUCAACGUGUACGAGGUGGUGAACCCCCGGAAGAAGAUGAAGAAGAAGAAGUACCUGAACUCGGGGACAGUGACACUGCUGUCCUUCGCUGUGGAGGCCGAGCACACCUUCCUGGACUACAUCAGGGGCGGGACCCAACUCAACUUCACAGUGGCCAUAGACUUCACAGCAUCCAAUGGGAACCCCUCGCAGCCCACGUCUCUGCACUACCUGAGCCCCUUCCAGCUGAAUGCCUACAGCCUGGCACUGAGGGCCGUGGGGGACAUCAUCCAGGACUACGACAGUGACAAAAUGUUCCCAGCCCUUGGCUUUGGUGCCAAGGUCCCCCCGGAUGGACACGUGUCCCACGAGUUCCCACUGAAUGGGGAUGCAUCAAAUCCGGCGUGCCAUGGCAUUGCGGGGGUGCUGGAGGCAUAUCAGCGCAGCCUGCGCCAUGUCCAGCUCUAUGGCCCCACCAACUUUGCCCCUGUUGUCAACCAUGUUGCCCGCUCAGCGGCCACGGUGCUGGACGGGUCCCAGUACUUUGUACUCCUCAUCAUCACCGAUGGUGUCAUCUCUGACAUGGCCCAGACCAAGGAGGCCAUCGUCAAUGCAGCCAAAUUGCCCAUGUCCAUUAUCAUCGUGGGAGUUGGCCAGGCUGAGUUUGAUGCCAUGGUGGAACUGGAUGGGGACGACAUCCGCAUCUCUUCCCGUGGGAAAGUGGCUGAGCGUGAUAUCGUCCAGUUUGUUCCAUUUCGUGACUACAUGACGGGGGGUCCCGGCGCGGGGCUGAGCAUGGCAGGGCUGGCACGAGAAGUCCUUGCCGAGAUUCCCGACCAGCUCCUCUCUUACAUGAAGGCACGGGGCAUAAAACCAUCUACCCAUCCCUCUCAUGUCCCCUGAAACCCUUCCACUCUGACUGUCCACUCCCAAUGCACCAUGUCCCUUCAUCCUAUCCUCUAUCCAGGGGUCAAAGGCAGCCAUACUCUGUCAGGGACCUGGGACUGGAUGUCCCUCUACUCCUUUCCACAACUUUGGUGUCCCCUCCCCAACCCAGGUUCCUACCACCACACCCAUAAACCAGCUUUUGGGUUUCCCGGGGGAAUUGGGAUGGCGUUGCCUGAGCAUUCUUGGCUAUGGGACUGCCCCCUAUACCCAUCCAGGACUGUC